UAUAAUAUCUCAUCUCUCUUGAUUUGUCAGGUGUCUGUAGAGCUGAAUCCCGGUCUGACUCCUCCGUCGGUUCUUCCUCCCGGAGUGGGUCUGGUUCAUGUGCGAGGACUGGGGCUCAAUGACACGCUGCACUUCUUGCUGUGUAAUCAUGGAGCUCCAGCACUGCUGAUGGUUCACACUUACAGCACACAGUCAGCAGUGCAGGUGGACUGGCCCUCCUUCAUCAACCGCAGUUCAUCAGGCAGCCUGAGGGUAGAGCCGCAGACCAGUGUGCGGUACAGCAGGGCACUAGUGUUCACCAGAGUGUGGGAGUAUGAUGACGUCAGUAACACCGCCGACCCCCAGCAGACCCCAGAGUCCAGCUUUUACCCUCCAUACGAGCUCCAGAACUUCAUCUGGUCCGACCCAAAGAUCACUGUUAACCAGACAGGUCACACAGUAACACUGUGCGGCAGAGAGAAAACAGAGAGUUUCCUCAACGGCUCUCUCUGUCUGCAGUUCUCAGCAUUCGAGUCAGUGGGUCGUGAUCAAGUGUGGCCAAAUCUCCGUCAUAACGCCAACUCCUCGCAGCUGCGCGUGUGGCUGGACGGCGUGACGCCGCGAGGAAACCACUCCAGAUUCGCUCUGGAGUUUCAGUCUGUUGGAGACUCAGUAUUCCGGGAAAGAGCCUAUGACUGCAGCUGCAUAGACGAUGAGUACAAACCCUUUUUCUUUCAGGUGUCUAAUUGGGUCUCGUUUCCAGUAAAUGGCGACAAUGUGUGGGGUUAUAAUCAAUGGAAACCCAUGGCGUAUCGUAAACCAAACCCGGAUGCCACACCCUGCAAACACUCCGAGCUCGUGUCUAUGGACCAGAUCCCUCAGUCCCGUCUGGUUCAGGCGUAUUUCAUAAAAGAUCCUCAGACUUACGGCCUGAACAUCAGCUUCGGCAUCGCUGGAGACCCAGUUUUUUACAAUGCCACCAAAUACAUCAGCUGGUGA